AUGGAAGUCAAGCCAAUCAAAAGUGUCGGCUUUAUGGCUUUUUUCUCUUCCUGCUGGUCUCUGUCGGCCGGAAUCGACUCGGAUUCCGAUAAUCAGUCGUCUUCAAGUUCUUCGAUUUGUGUUUCAAGCACCACUACUCUGAAGAAAGCAUAUUCCGAUCGCUGGAAAACCUAUGGGUUUGACUCUACGACGCCGGUCAAUGACAGUUCAUGUGAGUUCAUGUCGGGAAAAUCUACGAAGAAUCAAAGAGAAAUGAAUUCCUUUAGAUCAAAAUCUCCGUCAAAGGUGGAUAGGAAAACGGAGGGCGUUUUUGUAAAUUGGUCUGGAAAACUUGGACUUUGUACCAACGACGCCGUACGGGUGGCCUGUGAUGCUUUGACGGCGUGUUUGGAUAAAUUGCCCUUCCGGGUGUGCCUAGCGGCUUCGAUGUGGCUCGGCUUGAGAUUUUGUGGCAACAGAUUGGCGGUGAAUAUGCAAGCUUUGAAGCAGCUUGAGGAGAUGUCCGGCGUGCCGGCUCAGCUCAUAUUGGUCGCCGAGUCGAAGCUCCAAUGGUUUCUGAAGGCUAGAAGACAUCAUCGGCGCGACCAUUAG